UCAGCUGUGAUGCAUGUUUAAAAGGAAAUUUUCGAGGUCGCAGAUACAAGUGUUUAAUUUGCUACGAUUAUGAUUUGUGUGCAACUUGUUAUGAGAGUGGUGCAACAACAACAAGACAUACAACUGACCAUCCAAUGCAGUGCAUACUAACAAGAGUAGAUUUUGAUUUGUAUUAUGGUGGAGAAGCUUUCUCUGUAGAGCAGCCACAGUCCUUUACUUGUCCUUAUUGUGGGAAGAUGGGUUAUACAGAAACAUCUCUUCAAGAACAUGUUGCUUCUGAACACGCAGAAACAUCAACAGAGGUGAUCUGUCCAAUAUGUGCAGCAUUGCCUGGAGGGGAUCCUAAUCAUGUCACAGAUGACUUUGCAGCUCAUCUUACACUGGAACACAGAGCUCCUAGAGAUUUAGAUGAAUCUAGUGGUGUCCGGCACGUACGUAGAAUGUUUCACCCAGGCCGGGGUUUGGGAGGCCCCCGUGCACGUAGAUCAAACAUGCACUUUACUAGCAGUUCCAGUGGUGGCCUUUCAUCUUCUCAGAGUUCAUAUUCUCCAAGCAAUAGAGAAACCAUGGAUCCUAUAGCUGAGCUUUUAUCUCAGUUAUCAGGCGUGAGACGUUCUGCAGGCCAGCUCAAUUCUUCUGGUCCUUCUGCUUCUCAGUUACAGCAACUGCAGAUGCAACUGCAGUUGGAGAGACAGCAUGCACAGGCAGCAAGACAACAACUGGAAACUGCCCGCAAUGCAACUAGACGCACUAACACAAGCAACAUCCCUACCACUCUUACACAAUCUAUAGCAGCAACAAAUACAUCUAACACAGAAAACAAUCAUCAGACUAUACAGAAUUCCCAGUUUCUUCUUAUGAGGUUGAAUGAUCCUAAGAUGUCAGAAGCAGAACGUCAGUCAAAAGAAAGCGAACAGGCAGAUCGCAGCUUGUUUGUUCAAGAGCUUCUACUGUCCACUUUGAUGCAGGAAGAAAGUUCCUCCUCAGAUGAGGAUGAACGGGGAGAGAUUGCUGAUUUUGGUGCUAUGGGCUGUGUAGAUAUUAUGCCUCUAGAUGUUGCUUUAGAAAACCUAAAUUUAAAAGAGAAUAAUAAAGGAAACGAGCCUCCUCUUUGAUGGCAUCCCACUUUGCAGACAAUGUCCUCUGUGCUGUAUUUGCCAAUGAAAGUGGACAACAACUAUCUUGGGUUUGUUUUGGUGAUUGUAAUUUCAGGUCUGUCACUCUUGUUACAUUGUGUACAUUCAAA